CCGGCCGGGCCGUGCCGCGGCGGUUCGGCGGCUCGGCGGCUCAGUUCGUGCUGUGCCGUCCACAUGUCGGCAGCUUGGAGAGCCUCCGUGCUGGCUCUGCUGGCGGCCGCGCUGGGUCCGCCGCCAGCCGCCCCCGCCCCCGCCCCCGCCCCCGCACCGGCGCCCAGGCAGAAAGCGCCCGUCCAGUUCCGCUGUGAGCUGGGAGCCGUCUGGAUGGAGAACUGCAACGAGUGCCGCUGCCAGAGCAAUAACCACGUGGUGUGCGCCCACCUGGCCUGCCUGCGUAACGCGCCGGCCCGACCAGUGGCCGAGACGGCCGCCGCCGGCGCCGACCCCGCCCCGGGCGCCGCCGCUCUGACCCCUGUCAGCCAGAGCCGCGACCCGGCCUGCUACCAGGGCAGCUGUCCGGACGAGUGUGACAGCAGGCUGGACGAGAGCGGCUGUCAUGUCUGCCACUGCAGCAAAAAGACCGGGGAGGUGACAGCCAUGAUGGCGCCCCCGCCCGGUGAGAAGCGACGCUGGGGCUUCCUGACUGUGGCGAGGGGUCUGAGGAAUACCCGACCCUGAGCGGCGGCAGGGUCGGAGGACGGCAGGGCGGGAGGAACGCGAGGAACCGGAGGAACCGGGAACAUCGAGGAACUGCAGGAACGGCAAGGAGGCUGAGGAACUUGUAAAUGAGAGCCUGGAGGAAAGGGAGGACAUGGGGAGUGCUGGCAAUGCGAGGAACGGAAAAACGAGACGGCCGAGGGGAACAGCGAAAUCGAAUGCUGUAAUGAACACGAGGAAUGGGAAAAAGGAAGAAUGAACGAUAAAGCAAGAUCUGUGAGGAGCACAGGAAUGUUGGAGAAGCGUUGAUUGAUAGAACGCGAAGAAUGGGGAACGCGGGACCCAUUAAACUCAAACAGUGAAUGAGAUGAACAACAGUGAUCAGAGAGCAACGAAAGGAGAAUCACGAUGAACGCAUACUUAGUGAGCUGGGAGGAACGAAAGAGGCAGUAGAGUCUGUAGAAACAACGGAUGAGUGCGGAGCAGCGAGAACCGUGAGGAGCUCGAGCUUUGUUCAGGAUGAUGGCGAUCGUAUAGGAAAGGGAGGAUCUUGAUAAAAGAACGUCGAAAUAGGACGCCUUAUGCCGGUUUGUGGAGAACUAGAAUUUAGAAUGGAGUGAGAUUGAGGUCGAUUGGGUUCACAUUGCGUGAGCUGGGUGCGCAACGAGUUCAUCGGGUGCACGUUUCACGUAGAGUUCGUUGCAGAGCUGAUAGCUGCUGUGAGCUUAGUCAAGUCGUUUAUCUGUCGCGUGACUAUGUGAGACAUGGGCCGUGGCCUACAGUUGGGCGGCGGAGAGUGAUAGGCGGACGGAGAUUCUGGGUGUUAGCACACUUUGUUUCAAUGUAUGAUUCAUCAGUCUGUGAUGUUGCAUAGCUCGCUGGUUUGCAUGCGCUGAACCGAAAAAACGAUGCCUCGUAGUGUUCUGAAUGUCAAAUGUACCCACGAUGUUCAAUCCAUAGUUCAAUCGCACCCCAGCGACAGCUUGCUGAGACGUGUCGCGCCCAGCCGAGAUAUCCCGAUCCAGAUCCGUUCCAUCGGAGCUGUUGGUAACGUGUUGACACACAUACACAAAAACUGCGCCUCCCCGGCGCGACCUUCCAGGCACGCUGCGUUCGCCGGUCGUACUUCCCGCAGCCAGUUUUUGGUGGAGUUAGUCGGUCAGGUGUGCCCGGUUGACGGCUGCAGGCACGCCGAGGCGCGAGACUCCCAUUGUGCCGCCCGCCGCGCGCUGUCUGUAUGUGUGUGUGCAAUACAUGAUGAGGCAACGCG